AUGUUUGAGGGGACAUCAUACCAGGUGGAAAUUGACUCUUUCUCCAGAGACUUUGUCUUGGUCACCUGUUUUCCAAAUGCUAUUAUUGCUAAUGUUCCUGAGUGUCCUUAUGGAUGGAAAAUCAACCAAUUAUCCCUGGGAGGUGUGUGCUACAGUGGGGUGAACAGUGCAGGAUAUUUCCGUUUUGCUAUUCCUGAUCUGACCCCUAAAAACAAUUCAUACUGUGGAACCCAAUCAGAGUAUCUCGGUGGCAAAGAUCCCAAAUAUGUUUUCUACAACUCAAUAGUCUCCAAUGACACAUCUCUCAUGGUCAGAAACCAGCCUGUGAACUAUUCCUUCAGCUGUACCUACAAAGCUUCUUAUUUGGUGAGCAAUGCCAUCUUUAGUCAAAGAGUGGCGACAGUUUAUGUCAACAAUGGGAGCAUAGGCUCUUUUAAAUCUCAGCUGUCUAUGAACGUGUUUACUAAUUCAAAAUUCUUACAUACCAUGGAUGUCCCCUACACUAUUGAUACAUCAGAGAUUGGUUCUGAAGUAUUUAUUGGCAUUGAGGCAAAAGGACUGAGUAACAGGUUCAAAGUUGUCAUUAAAAACUGCUGGGCUACCCCUUCUCCCCAGUUCACUGACAAAAAGAGAUGGAGUCUAAUUAUAAACAGUUGCUCAUCAGACCAUACAGUGACCAUCUUUGAGAAUGGAAAAGACAGCCGGUCAAUGUUCAAAUUCAAUUCAUUCAGGUUUCAGCUUCUGGAAAAAGUGUCAACUGUCUGGCUGCACUGCGAAGUCCACAUAUGUGACAGUGAAAAGCUUUUUUGUCAACCAACUGUUCCAUGCAAUUUAAGAAGUCACCAGACUGAUCCAAAUGGAGGUGUGCUAACUGCAGAGUUCCGUGUUAAAGCCAUUGGCUCAUCUAGCAACAGAAAACUUGCAGAUAUGGCGCCAUACUGCAUCUUUUUCAUGCUCACAGUGAACACCCUGUUAGGAAGUUUGCUUUCUUCUGUAAUCUAAAAAAGGGCAGUAUAAGCGCUAAAUUCAUGUUAAAUCUAUUUGUUUUAUAUGCCAAGUGUGAAAUAUACAAUGGCGUUAAACAAUGUACUGUAUGUUGUACAGGGGUUCACACAGUGUUCAGGAGAGUGGAACAAGAUGCUUCCCCAAGUUUCAUACUGUGGUCUCAGGGAGAUUAUCUAAGGUCUCCCUUUCUCCCUUUUGCUCUUAAAUGUUAUAAUUCAGACAGUCACAAGCAUUGUGUUUUUAUACAGAUGUUAAACUUUCAUUAAAAAAUGCAAAGCAUGUUUUAUACAAGCAAAAGCUUCUGGGAAAGUUUGAAGUUUGGACAACCUUGAUUUAUUUUUCUACUCUAUGAUUGGAAGAAAGGACCUUCCUCACUCUUAACACUAAAAACUGCAGUCUAAAAUAGGGUUUAACACUUUUUCUAUUACUGACAGUUUUUCAAAAGGAACACAAUUCAUAAAAGCAUUAGAAUGCAGUAAGUCACAUACACUUCAUUUUAUUUAGUAGAUUGUACAGUAUGUAUCAUUCUUUGCUGAUUAGAAGACUUAUGUGAAUGUUUUUGCCUUCCUAAGAAAACGAAUAACAUACAGUAUUUGUGAACAUAAGUUGUGUUUCCAUGAAGAGUUUCUGCCCAUUUUAUAGGAAUGUGUAUAUAUAGACGUGCAUACUGUUCAAAUUAAGUGUGCCUUUGUUCCAUCUUACUUGUCAUUCUUUCUAACAAUAAAAGAUUUAAACAUAAAGAAAUUACUAUCCAUGACAAAUUUUGAGACAUCGUUCAGAUUAAGCAUACCAUUUGU